UGUUGGAAUUGUGGGGCUAUACUAUCUCCUUUCCUUUCGUAAAGGGUGCUCCAGUGUAUCAUAUGCUAAAGGAGAUUCGAAAAGAAGGAAUGUAGCUCCUUUCCUAAGCAUUAAGAAAAUAUGUCACUGAGAUACUCCCGGGUCGUUUCACUGUUAGGAACCUUCCUAAGUAAAAAAAAAAAAAAAAAAAAAAAGACUAUCUGAACGGCCCCUGUGUGCUGAAUAAAAAGUAAUAGCCUCCUUCGAAUAAAAAUCGUGCAGCACUCGAAUACAGCGAGGGUUGAUGAAGCGGCUCCUUUAAGACAGACACUGUCAUUUCCCGUGCGACAGCAUUUCAUUGCGUCAUUAUUAAGAGACGUUCACACAGCAAGCCAAAACGUGACAACCUAUAUGUCAAUUUAACAAUUUGUGUCAAAUCUUUACUGUUCCAGGAAAAGAUUUAUAGACAGACUGGACGAAUCUAAGGAGUCUAUUGAUCGUGGUGGGUGACCUGUUUUUCCGGCUAAUACUAAAGGAUAAAAUGCUGGCCGUCAGGGUCGGACGAACUGUUUUGCAUAACGUUAAUUGCAAAGGACUUUCAGAAACCAAAAAUGUCAUGUUCUCUAUGUACACCAAUGGUUGUACACUUAAUGUGACAUAUCGUAGUAGUAGCAGGCUUAUGUCCACAACUCCUACGGAACAGGUGGUCAUUCGUAUUCCCAAACCUAUGCUGGAUCGUAUUGAAAAAACGAGGCAGGUCAAACGGAGAACGAACAGUAAGGUUCCUGUCAUCAAACCCGGCAGACUCCUAAUUAAGAGCAAGAACCCACAACUGAACCAGUCAGCAGGGUUUACAUUGGGCAAAUUCGAAGAGACACGCUUAUGCUCCAGGGGAUGGAAACAUAGUAGAUCAUUUGGUGACUAUUUUACAAUAAAUAGCACUCAGACUAUGCCACCAUUUAUCACGGAAUGCGAACCAAGCGACUCGGACCCAAGCGGGUCUGCUACAUUUAAUACAUUUCAAAUUCAUCAGGGAUUGGUGGAGAUUUUGCGUCGCGAGAAUAUAAUCCAUCCUACAUCUGUGCAGAGGAAGGUCAUUCCGAAACUGCUGCGUGGUCAUAACGUCCUGUGCGCAGCUGAAACCGGCAGCGGAAAAACGCUCACGUACCUUCUGCCAAUUAUUCAUGACCUGCAGGAGAAAAAGGAAAUCGAUAAUGACGCAAAUACGCAUACUGUUGUUCUGGUGCCGUCACGAGAGCUAGCCGAACAAGUAGCAAUGGUGGCGCGAAUGUUGGGCCAAGAGUUUAACUUGACUGUAAAAGUGCUUGGAGGUGGCAUGGGUGUGGGCAACAUCAAAGCAGCCUUCACCCGUGGCCAACCAGAUGUUUUAGUGACCACCCCUGGUGCUCUUCUGAAAGCCAUGUGGAGGAAUUAUGUGGACUUGAGCAAACUCAGAUAUUUUGUUGUGGAUGAGGCUGACACUAUGUUCGAUCCUAGCUUUUCAGGUAUGCUUGAGAGAAUUUUGCUGAACACUGAUGUAGCCUCCACUGUGUCAGAGACCCGUGGUUUAUCUCCAAAAGCUCAGUUGGUGUUGGUGGGGGCCACAUUUCCUGAGGGGGUCGGGGAGUUGCUCAGCAAAGUGACAGACUUGGGGAGUGUGCUGACCAUCAAAAGCCAGAGGUUGCACCACCUCAUGCCCCACGUGAAGCAGACUUUUGUGAAGGUGAAGGGUGCUGACAAGCUGCUGGAGCUGAAUCAUGCUCUGAAGAAGGUGGAGCAGGAACAGGCUGGCGUGCUGGUCUUCUGUAACUCCGCAUCCACAGUGAACUGGCUAGGAUUUGCUUUGGAGGAGCUGGGUGUCCGCCACGUGCGUCUACAAGGUGCGAUGCCAGCCGCCAUGAGAGAGGGAAUUUUCCAGAACUUUCAGAAAGGCCUGGUUGACGUGCUGGUUUGCACAGACAUUGCCUCCCGAGGUCUCGACACCCAGAGGGUGAAACUGAUUGUGAACUAUGAUUUCCCUGUGAGCCACACAGACUACAUUCAUCGCGCAGGAAGAGUGGGAAGGGCAGGUGGACAGGCCGAAGGGGAGGUGCUGAGUUUCGUCACCCAUAAGUGGGAUGUGGAGAUGGUGCAGAAGAUUGAGACUGCUGCCCGAAGAAGAGCCUGUCUGCCUGGAAUGGAAUCUGAAAUCCACCAGCCUAGCCCCAAACCAGAUGAUGACCAAAACUUGUAAAUUUGUAAUGACUUCUUUGCUUUCUAGGCCUAAGCUUUUCAACAUGGUCUGCUUUUCUCCUCUGUUUCAUUGUAUCUCCAGUAUAUGUUGUCUGUUGACUCUAUAGAUCCUGAGCACUUAAGAGUGAGAUUGAAGAGUGAAAUGAAGAGUUUUGCAGUUACUCAACGAAAAUAUUAAAGUGAUGAAACUUCUUUGCUA